AUGUGGUCGGAUGAUGACGACUUUUUUGCGUAUUCACCGUAUUAUUUCGGUUCCGAUAUGGAAGACAGUGAUGUCGACGUGUACAACUUUGAUGAAGAUGACUUUGAAAUGUUGAGGAAGUACGUAGAUUUAGCCGCUCUUCUCCGUCGAGGUCGAGAAGAAAGUAAGGUUACCAAACCAUCAGCGUCAUCAACCACAGAAAACACUCCAGCCACUGCCACCACUACUUACCAGCUACUCUCUCUUCAAGACUUGUGUUGUCGUGUCAUUGCGUUGAGGUUCCCGUUCGCUUACAUUGAGCAUCGUUCCCCUCCAAUUCCAGAUGAACUGCAAUUGAAGAUAAUCGGGUUUUCGUUUCCAGAGGAUGAGCAGAUGAUGAUGAAGUAUGCACAGUUUAGCCGUGGUGGUGUCGACGUAAGCUUAAACACGGCGAGAUCAGUGGUUGGAAACGUGAAAAAUCUGAAUCAGAUUGGUAGGUAUGACUUGACAAUGGUGCUUUUAUAGCGAAAAAAAAAAAAAAAAAUAAGUAAGGUUGUAUCAAUGUGAGUUUUGCUCAAAUUCCAGGGAUUUUUAAAAAAUUUUCACGUAUCCUAUUCAAGCUUAAGAUUUAACAUAUAAAUUGUACAAGUAACUAAGGACUCAAUUCUUCACUUUCUUAUUUUCAUACUGUGAUAUUUUAGGCUGGAAACUAACGGCUUAAUGACACAGUGUAUGUUAACCUAAAGCAAUCAGUGUUAGUCCAUGUUAAUAAUAUCAAAUAAGCCGUUAUGUAAAUAUCCAAUUUGCCCCAUUGUUCAUACCUUUAACCAGUUUGCCCCUUUUGUUGCAUUGUUCAGUGUGUUGCUUUUGAGGUACAUGUGCAACUCACCCAGGUUACAUGUAUAAAGCCUGAUUCUCAUAUGCUGCCGAUGUAUCUGCGACAUAGCCACCGGUACAGCCUGGGACACGUCUUGGACGAAUGAGAACAUGCGCCCCCGGCAACUGGAGCCAUCGCAGAGCUCUACUGCCGGCAUGCCUGCGAAGUUGAACUUGAGUCAACUUUGCAGGCAUGCCGGGGGUAAAGACUGGGAUGAGCAAUGUUGCCGGCCACUUCUGUUCUCAUAUCUGAACAGUAUCCCAGGGAGUACCACCGGCCAUGUAGCAGGUGCAUCGGCAGCAUAUGAGAACCAGGCUUUAUAACUCUAUUGAAAAUGUGACCCCAUUGUAGUCAAUCCAGUCAUCCCCAUUAGCCUCUUAUAAGGAAGUACCCCCCUUCCCCGUCCCACGGGGUAACUCACAGCCCUUUUGCUGACUCAAUCGCCGUUAGGCUUGUUUUCACUUGUGACAAAGUCAGUGAGAGUCAUAAGCACAGUUGUUAGGGUUAUCUCUCAGUAAAAAUAUAAAAUCAAAGUAAGAAGCAGAGCCAUAGGUAUGACAGAAUCAGAACAUUCCAUAAAAUUCUUAAUCUGCUUAGGGUUUUAACUCUGUUGCUUACCUGUCCAAUGUACUGAACACUACAUUCCGGAAAAUUCCUCCAUGAAUAAGCCCCUCCAAAUAUAGGCCAUCCAAACUCGUAAUGCAAACAGACUCCUCUGUUAAAUCCCCCCUCCGAAUAUAAGCACCUGAGGGCUUAUACUUAGAAAUUGCCUUGAACAAGACAAAAACUGGUACAGUAACACAUAAAUAUUUUUACUUGCCAACAAACUAUUACUUGUGCCAAAUGAUUGCAGUAAAAAUGUUUCACAGUUUAUUCCUGUUUGUGUUGUUCACUGUUCACUCUUGUCUUGGAUUUCUUCGUCCAUAGACAAACUACUUGCAAGGAAGUUCUAUUCUUCCAUCCUCCACCCAAACUCCUUCUGGUGUAUUGCAUUUUCAGUGAAGCAAUUUGUGGUUUUGUUUUCAGUCGUGUGGCUGAGUUUUAAAAAGAGUCUACCUCCUCAAGACGUUUUUCAGUAACAAUUUCUGACAUAAAGUUUCUUCCAACUGUAGGCUAGCCCAGUCAAUUCUGAGACAAAUUUUUCUCCAAGUAUAUAAGCCUAGCCAAUUUUGUAAUGCACCAUUCCUCUCUGUAUAUAAGCCCCUCAGAAAGGGCCUUUGUAAAGUAUAUUCCCUGGGGCUUAUUUUCAGGAUUUUAUGGUAUGGGAAGUGAAACCGGAAACAGACUGAUAACCAAUCACAAUGUUUUUCCAUGCUUUGUGAAUGAUUUAAUUUUUUUCUGCCUCUGUUUGGGAGUAACAUAUACAAAAUUAUUAUUACGUGAACAUUUUUGUGAGCCCAAAUUUUAUGUAUCCUGAAUGGAGCCGGUGUCCCUUAAUAGAAAUGUCCCAAAGGAGAGGUUGCACUGUAGAUUGUAAGUCAGAGAGGCAUUGGAGGAAAUUAUCAGAAUUCUGUUUUCACCAUAUCAUACAGUACAAUUGUAAUAAUGCUCUAGAUGCUAGUGAUUAUGACUUGAAUUCUGAUUCUGUUGCUUGCAAAAGCCAGUUGCACAUGGUGGUUCCUUGCACAUAAUGAGGGCACUGAAGUGUCUAACCCAAACCCAGUGAUUUUUUCAGUAUUUUUUUGUAAUCAAAUAAGCUGAUGGUGUGACAGACUCUUCAUGCAAAAUUGAUUUUGAACCUUCUUUUGUAAUUGGCAGUUUUAUCCAUUGUUUUUGGGUAAUGGCAAUAUAAAAGAAUGAUAAUGAGUUUAAAACAGAAGGAAGGAUAGAAGCAAGGAGACAACUGAACCACACUGAAGGACUGGAUUGUUUAACAAUUAAUGCAACAUCCAAUUUGCAUUCUGACUUAACUUUUGGUGAAUGUGAAAAAUGUAAAAUUGUGCAUGGAGCUUAAUGCACAGGUCAAUAAAAAUUAAUGCUUAUGGAGGAUAAAAAGGGGCAUAGAUUCACUUUUACUGCAGUGUAAUUUUCUUUGGUGGUGGUAGAUUUGACCAAUUUUACAGUGGCUACCAGUUGCAUUUGCCAUCAAAUGAGUUUUCACUUGAAAACCUUAAGUUUUCAUGGACAUCAAUCAACUCUUUCCGUGGUUUUUUCACUUGCUUCUCUCAUUGUUCCUGUUUGAAGGGGAAAGACAUGCAAGAAUAUUUUUUGAAUUAACAAGCCUUUCAAAUUUUGCAGAGAUGAUACAACCGAGAGGGAAAAUCUUUGGACGGCAUGUGUUAUUAGUACCACCACUGCAACAGCCUACAGUGUAUAAAAGUCCCUAACUUUGACUGGUGCCUUUAUUAAAUCUUGCAGGCUUCCGUUUGAGUGCCACGGUUGAUCAAAACAGGUGCAAUGACAGUGGCAAUGGUUUUCAUGUAACUGUUUACUUUGAUCGUGGCAAGAUAACCUCAGCUCACUGUUCAUGUGACCAGCCAACAAACUGGUGCGUGCAUGUUAUAGCAACAUGUUUGGCAAGAAUAAAGGACAAGAAUACUGUGACAAUUCGAAUGCCAGUCUCUGAUUCGCUUAAUUUUCUGGAUCGGGAUCAGUUGAUAAAAUUUGCCCAGUACCUUCUAUAUGAACACCAGAAUGAAAGUAUUAUUGAAACUGCACAACAGCUGAUUGAUAAGCUGUUGUCAAAAGAACAGAAAGGGCAAGAAGAAGACAUAAAUGCAAUUGCAGGUGCACCUGAUCCCACUGCUGGUCCUGGUAAGGCAGUCUAUCAUCAUCAUCAUCAUCAUUUUAUUACCAUCAUCAUCAUGCUUGUUAUUUUAUUUAUAAAAUUAUUAAUACUGUUAAAAGGCUAAAAAAUGUUUUAAAGGAAAUACAUUGUAAUUAAUAGCUCCGGAAAAGCAGCACAAUUGAAUCUAAUUUCUUUUCCAGUUAGUUUUCCCCAAUGUAUGUAGUAGACUCUGCGGUUAGAAUGAAAAUGAGUUUUUUGAACAAGAAUGUAAAUUAUUAAGAGGAAAACCAACUGAAAGGAGUUUAGUUUACUUUAUUCCAAACUGGUCCCGUUUCUGUUGGCGAGCGAAGCUUAAAUAUGCAAAAAUAGCUCAUUUGUACAUGAUUAUGUGUUUUGUUGUGUUUGACAUUAUUAGGUCUUGAUGAAGAGGCUCACUGGUUUGUCUGUAGGAGUGGAUUCCAAUCCAGGUGUAAAAACUUGAUGUUUGGAUCCAAUAAAGAUCUGGGCUUUCUCAAGUAUGUUGAUGAGGAUAAUGAUGUUGAGGGUUCUGUUAAAGAAGUGUGGGAAAGAAACUGCCUUCAACAGCCACUUGUUAGAGGUACAACUGUUUAUAUAUGUUGUACAUGUAAUAUAAAAAUGUAGUUUUUGCCUUGCUUUUUGUGGGUCACUGGAAAUUUUCAAGGAAAAAGGGGGUCUAAAGGCUGGAACAUUUAAAACAAAGUACAUGAUUGUAUUAAGCUAAUUAAACUGGAAUUCCCAAAGGGGAAGGGGAGCUCAAACCAAAUGCCUAGAUGAGUUAGGGGAGUAUGCAGUGCUUGAAUUAACAGCAUGUCAACAGACAAUGUUCAGUCAAAGUUAUAGGCUUUGUUCAGACUCAAAUCUUCCAGGACCAGACUCUGUCUCCAGUCAUUUAUUAUUGGUGCUUCACCAGCUUCUUAGCUGUAGAACUGUUGAUAAUUGUGAGGGUUGUACGUAGAACUGGGAGAACUUUUUCUUCUUGAUCAAUUCAAGUUUCUUUUACCAAAUGUUUGCAUACAUUGUAUGUGUUAUUAUUAUUUAUAAUAUUUUGUUGAUUUUAAAAAAAUAACAUUUUACUUCUUUGAAAGAAAUUUUAUCAUUAUUAAAAAUUAUAGUACCUGUUAAAGGCACUAUGUAAAUGAUGCCCCUUUCCUCCUUAAAAGUGAGCCCUCCAUGCUGUUUCCCCCUUCACUUCCCCCACAACCUUUCCAGCACCUUAGUUAUAGUUAAGUGAAUGGCAGUGAUUUUAUUUCUUCAUGUUUUUAGAUGAAAUGGAUGUACAGCUGGAUGAUAGUCGCUAUGGUUACUCAAAGACAUCCUCUCGGCAGCAAAGCAUUCGUCAAGUCCUGGAAACCAUAGCUGAUAUGCUUCAGGAUGAUUUCAUGAGUGCCGUGUCAGCUCUGACAGUGUACACUGAGCAACUGAUUCAAGGAUUAACUGUGUUGUGCAAAGUGAACUCUCCUAGAAGUAGAUACCAUAUACCAAAGCCAAGAAACCAGAAACCUAAAUCAAAUUUAAGGCUUUGUGGAUCCCUAGCAGGAGGCUUUACUCCAAGACUUUCAGAGUAAGUGCAGGGAACCAAAAUCAUUCAUCUUUUCAAGGCAUUUUGCUAAAAAAUCUUCAUAACAAAGAUUUCUUGGAUUAAUUACGAUGUAAAAACAAUUAUUAUAUAAACAUCAAUGACAAUUAUUAAUAUAUCAUUCCUCUUAUUUAAGCUGUACAACAGUCAGUGACGAAAUUUCUCGGCUUUGGAGAUUAGCUGUCCUUAGUCCAGGAAUUUCAGUAAAAGGGUAUGAAGAAGUUGUUGAUCAGCUGAGGACUUUGAAUGAAAGAGGUACUAUUAAUAAGUCUGAACUCAACAAGGUAACAAGUCAACUAGCCUAUGACUUACAGAAUGUUAACUGAGGUAUUAGGAUUCUUUAAUAGAAAAUUUCACAUUUUAUUACUCAUUAUUUUGAAAUUUUGAAUUUUGAAUGUGGUAUCUUCAAAUUAUGGAUAAUCCAUAAUUUGAAGUUUAGAACUUGAAAUCUGUAAUUUACAGAUUUCAAGUUCUAAACUUCAAAAUUGUGCUGACGACCCCUCUUUGUUUGAAUAAUGGUAAGGUUUUUGUUAUCUGCAGUUUACAGAGGGCACUAAUGACAACAUUUUUUUCAACUAAAGGUAUCUCGGGUAGAAAAACCCCUACUUCUCUGCUACUGUAGUAUAACCAUUGUCUCAUGUCACAGAAAUCUGGGUCGACAGCAUUGCAAGACUUAACCAGCAUAAAGCCCUUGCAGUGUUAAAAAUGAUAAUUAAAUUUUUUUUGGUUGCCCUCAGUUUCAUAAUAAAAUAUUAAAAAUAUGAUAUUCAUUUGUACCGUGCAAAUUCCAUAAGGUUUUAAAAUGCACCUUACAAUGAAAUAUUAAAAUUAAAUAUAUAGAAAGAAAAUUACAGUGCAACGACUACUAUAACCGAGGCCACUUAGACAAGGUCGGCCGAUCGGAUUACAGGAAAAUAACAAUUCGUUCCAAGACAUUUAGUUGUCAAUCAUAAUUACCACAAAAAAAAUAAACAACACGGAUUAAAAUCAACCAAUCAGAACUUACAGAGGUGAUCUUUUGAACUUGCUGAAGAAAGCAUGUGUUUCUCAAGAGGUCCAUUAGAGUGACUUGCAGACUUGACUUGACUUUAUUAUAUACAUACUGAGAAAUACUCACCAAAAAGCUAUGUCGUAAAUUUUCGUACGCAAAUUAGUUCUAGCCAAUCAGAGGAGCGAACGAUGGUUUUCACACGUGAAAAAAACGAUACGUCCAAUCAGAAUCGCGAACGAUGUUUUUUCACGUGUGAGAAAAAUGAUACGUCCAAUCAGAAGCCACAGAGGUGUGCGAGUUUCGCGCCAAAAUUGCCGCCUUUUAUUGCAGCUUGCAGCGCCGCUUCGCACACAUUCAACGAGAAAAGUUUUACUCAAGGAGUUUUUCUCGCUAAAAAAGUGAAAAACAUUUCGGAAAUGGAGUGGAAUAGUUUCGUUUGUUUCACUGUCGAUAAAAAAAUACGGUAGAGAGCCGGCGAAACAACAGCAGAAAGGGAUAAACAGAAUGAGACGUAAGCUUUUGUUGUGCUUUUUGUCGGAGCUACUUUGCCUUUCAUUUAAGCUUAAGCUUAUAUUGAAACCGGCCAUUUUACUUAAAUUCACUCAUUUUCAAUUGUGCAUUGAGAACAAACAGUUAAGAUUACUUAUAGUUCUUGGAUUACCUCAUAUCCUCACCGUCAUUUAUGUUUUUAACAAACGUUUUUACUAAAAAGCUGAUACUUCGUUUUCGUUGUCAUUUUGCGGUAAGUGUGUAGCGGCAAAUUUUAGCAUUUUUGAAAGAUUUAAAAUAAAAAGGCCCGCAAAAUGAGGAAUGACUCAGUAUGUAUAUAAUAAACACAAUACCACAUGGAAAGUGCUUUGUACGGUAUUUACGCACUCGUUGUUUUUGUAUCAGAAAUCUUACUCGUUCGCUGCGCUCACUCGUUCGAUUUCUGAUACGUCAACAACUCGUGCGUAAAUACCGUACGCCAGCACUUUCCAUGAAGUAUUCUCUAUUUACUUGCUGACUUGCAGUUGCAUGUUAUUGCAAAGCGCGGCAAUAAGGGCAAAGAAAUUGCUGGUAGAAAUAGGUCUCCUGGGUAUUGUAUGAAAAGUUGCGAGUAGAAAAACAUUGUCUGUUGAAACAUUUUGCUUUCCUGGAAAACGUUUGCUGUAAAUAUUAAAUCUAGGGCUUUGAGUAAUGUAUUGAUUUUUAUGAGCUGCUGAUUGGCCAACAAUGAGAACCAUUUUUCUUGGAAUAUAUUUUUAACCAGAUUGGUCAACUUUGUCCAUAUAAGUGGCCCUGGUUACAGUUGCCACACUGUAAUACUAGUGAAUACAGUGUUAAAGUACAAUUAACUAUGUAAUAGGAUAAAAACCAGCAUUUAAACUAAUCAUGUAAUACAAAUAAAAAAUAAAAUAUAAAAUAACUAUAAAUAUGAAACAUUUAUAAGCUUAGUUAAAAAGUACUGUUUUCAAUCAAGUUUUGUUGAUGAAGUAAAAUCACUGGUAAUUCUAAUGUCAUAGGGUAAAUAAUUCCAUAGCUUCAAAGCAGCAACCACAAAGGCUCUGUUGCCAAUUAAGUCUUGUCUUCAGACGAUGGUGACAAGAUAAACUUGUUGUUUGUCUUUAUUUCUUUGUAUUAUCAUAUCUGAGAGGUAUUUUGACGCCAUAUUAUGGAUCACAUAGCCUUCAAAGUAAUUAUAGUCUUCCUCUGCCAAUAAGACAGGAAACAUCAAUCGACUCUUUUAAACGCUCUGUUAAAACAUAUUUAUUUAAAAAGGCUUUUAGUUAGAUUAUCUAUUUAUUUAUUUAUUUAUUGUAAUUUUACCGGGUAAUUUUACUGGUUUUUAAUUUAGUUAUUAAUAAUACUUGUAAUGCGCUUUUGAGUAUUUUCAUAGAAAAAGCGCAAUAUAAGUAUUAAAUAUUAUUAUUAUUAUUAUAGUAAGGAUCUUGAAUAUAAGCUCACGUACCCUUGUUGACUUAUUAGGAGGAAACAAGUGAUCUCAAAUAGUAGGAACUUCCAGUGAUACACAGACUACCUAACAUGUAUAUUUACAAAUCCUGUGUGUGGCUUUGUUUUUAGUUUCUGUAGCUUUUGUGACUGGUCUGCUGCACCCAUGGCAUGGCCUGGAAGUGGCCAUGAAAUUAUCCUCAAUCGACUGGAAUUUACCUGACUUUCAGCAAGUACUUAAAGGACAGUGGACUAACCUCCCUGUUGUAAGCAGCUGUAUGGCUAUCCAGUUGACAUGCCAAUCAAAGAGUACUUAUGUGUCUAAGUUGAUGGCGCGAAAGCGGUGCAGCAAUGAUGUCGGUGCUGUGAAAAGUACAAAGGAUGGCUCAAACAUCACACUUUCAUUUUACAGCCCUCACUGCAUUGCAUUCAGCUCUCGUUGCAGCAUUGAUAUUCACUCAGUAUGUUCCAUGAUCGAAGCUGUAAAUGCUUCUGGCCAUCACCGGCGUGCCAUGUGCCUCACUGUCGCAAUAUCAUAUGCUCUUGUUUCAUUCUACAAGAAGGUUCUCUUUGGACUGUGUGAUGCCCCGUCAAUGCCCGUGUCUGCCAGAUGCUCACUAGGGACUGCAAAGUACCAAAGUGGGACAAAGGCAGAUAGCAACAAAGAAUCUGAUUGUCCUGCAGAAAUAGGUGUUUCCAGCGACAAGCCAUGCACUAGUUCCAUUUGGCCAGAGGAUACACUUUUGGCGAUUAGUACAUUUGCAUUCCUUUUUGAGUUGUUGUCACAAAAGCCUGGCUUAGUUGAUGCAUCCAUUGCAAAAAUGAGAACUAAGCUAAACCUUGAUAGUUGUUCUUCACACAACAGUGCACUUGACUGUCCAAAGUCAGCAAUGUCUCUGAAGUUUCAGCUUGGAGUAGUGGGGUUGUUUCUGCAGAGGUUGCCUGCAUCAUCUCUUCACCAUGAGGUAUAAGUGUAAUGGAGUGUGAUAGUCAGUUUCGUUUAGUUAGCAUACCACAAGUAAAAUAAGAGAUGCUCCAAGUCAGAAAUAUUUAACAAUUAUCGAAUGAGGCUGAGUACGAUGUGAAGAAUUAUGCAGACUAAGAAUGUUAUGGGCAAAGGUGGGUAACAGCUUCCAAGAUCUGCAUAAUUCUUAACAUCGUGCAAAAUCCAAAUUCAAUACUUAUUUUAUUCUGCAUUCAAACAUUUCUAAGCCCUUAACAAGCUUACCUCCUCAUAGAUGUCCUUUUUCUUAUCCUAUGUCUCUGCGCGGUUUCAGGAUAUAAACUGAUGUGUUUUUCUUGCAGAUACUCCUCAAAAAGUAGGUGAAAUCCAUCGAGCAAUAUGUUUUGCAUGUUCUUGCAUUUCUUCCGUUCAGUUUUAGCCAGACAUAUCGUCUUCACAUAGCCGUGAACGCCAUUGUUUUUGGUUCACUGUUACCCAUUAGCAGUUUACCUAUUGUGUAGACUACAAUUUAACCAGCAACGUAGAAAUUAAAGUACUUUGCAUUUAGUCUAGUGUUUAUGAGGUAGACGCUAUGGAAAAACUGUUCUGCAUGAGUCUGGGGAAAUUACCUCAGUUGAAGUUGAAAUUUGUAUCUGGCAUGUUUAACUUGUACCUUUAUCAAUUACUUGAAUUAUUGACCGUUUGUUCAGCCUUGGAAUACCUUUUUUCUGCAUUCUGAUUCGUUUACUGGCCAUUGCGUUUGUCGGGUGGGAUGAAAUUAGAUAUCCAAAGAACUUUGAGUAAAGCAAUUAAAACGUAACAUUGGACUAUAAGCGGCUUAUUUCUAGUGGGUGUUUUGUGUUUGUUUUAUUUUCAAUGUAGGUGGAAGAGUACCAUUACGAGUGCUGGCUAACCUACCAUCUGAUCUGCUGUAGUCCAGCAGAUGCUGACCUGUCAUUCCUCACACGUCUUGGACAACACGUCUCUCAGGGAGUUGCCACGCCCAGUCCAGCACCUCAGUCAUCGCUAUCACGGGUGAUAUUCCACCAUCUUUUUAAAAGUGCCCCUGCAGUGCUUAGCAAGACUCUAUCAGAACAACAACAUGUAGGUCUCAAAGCAGCGCUUAAUAUCUUGUCUCACGUCAACAAGUUCACAGUUAAAGAUAGCUCUCCCACAUGGAUGCUUUUUGAGUAUGCAAAUUGCAGACUUUGGGCGAAGUUAGCAGAGGUUGUUCUUCGCUCUCUCGCUGACUCUUCAGAGCUUUUGGAUGAAGCAAUGCGUUACGUUCUUCAACCCAACGGAAUGCUUGGUGCCCAGUCGAUGGACAAUGUGUCAGUUGAAACAACGUCGAGUAAAGUACUGUCACGCUUCCAGGACGUUGAGUUGUUAUCUGGAAAAUGCCGUGUGGCACAUUGCCUGGGACGGGUGCUUAGCGACAAACAGGGUAACUCUAUAAGAGUUACGCAGUAUAAGGCACAGCAUGUUCGAGGCACCAUGACAAAAGGAGAGAGUUCCGAGCUGGAAAUUCCAAGGAAGAUACAUGUAAUGAACUCUGAAGUGGAGAAGGCUUUGAAGCUUUGUGCUGUUCAGAUUGUUGCGCACAGUCUGUGGUUGCAGGGGUUCAGUGAUAAAGAUCACAUGUGUCAGGCUGAUUCUGUCAGGUACCUGUUUUGAUUAAUUCUAUACACUGUAGCUACACUGAAAUUCCAAAGUACAAUUUAAGUGAACUUGGUGCCAUUUUCGGAUGGGACAAUCCCCGCCUCCCUCCUGGUUACAGAUGACGAAAAUGGAAAGGUCCUUAGUGGGAAUCUCGUCGAUCAAUUACUUUAUAAAAGAAUUUUCUUAUACUUUAACAUUAAAAGUUGUUGGUUAUGUUAUCGUUUGCUGAUUUCCCUUGCAUUUAGUCCUAGGUGGCUAACAGAUCUUGUGGUCAAUACUGGAGUUGAAAGUCUUGAAUGCCUUGUUCAAUGCAAGGGAGAUGUAACUACCAUCCUCAAACAAGGCGACCUACUGGAUCUUUGCGAGAAAGUUCUCAGGGUGAGCCAAUGGGAUUGUGAAAGAAACAAAAGGAUUGGGUUUUAAGGGAUGAGUGAGAUGGCGUUUUCCUCUGAAGUUUUGAAGAACGUAAAGUGACUUUUCAAGUGACAUUGUAGCCGUCAUUGCUGUCGUGGAAUUUUUGCUUUUUGUUUCAGUUCUGCAGCUUGGUGGAUGAAGUGGAUGUGCUCAAGUCGAGCAGAGUCAAAUAAAAUUUCUUUUGUUACCCUUUAAAGCUGCCUAUGCCUCCAACCCCAUUUUCCUUCCAUUGUAUCCAAGUCAUGUCGUACUUAAAUGUUAAAUAAUUUUUUACAUUUAUCAUUUACAGAGGCUUGAGCCAGAGACGCAAGUAAAAGCCAUUGUGCAAAACAUUCUCAUGUCGUUGUUACAAAAGGCCAGCCAUGGUAAAGCAGAAGAAGAUAUGAAGAGCAUCAUAUCUUUUUGCAGGUACAUGUAUGCACGGCAAAUUACCAUUAUUCAUAGUUCUCUCUAAGUGUCCCCAACUAAAUGUAAUUGGAGACGAUUUCCGGGUCGAAUUGGCGUUUACAAGUCAGCGCAAGGUUACUAGAAGGAAUUCUAAGUGAAUACUGGAGUUUUGCCUUGCCCAUGACACAAAGUGGUAGCUCAUUUGUCCUCAAAAGACUAUGAUUUACGAUUGGAUCUCGUCUCUUCUUUGCAGUCUGCAAAAACUUGUAAUAACCAAACGUUAUUAAGUGCGGACAAGAUAAAUGCAAGGUGUUUUCGGCUGAUUGAAGGUCAAAAGGAUCGUGCUCAGAUUAUGAAUGUUAAAAGAUCUAAGCGCGUGAUCAUGGUUUUAUGCAUUCCAUUCAUUCUUAGUCGAAGUCCAAUCAAAUGCUGUCGUAUGCAUGAAAGCAACCUGAACGUAAGGAUUGCGUCUUCUCUAGAUCUGGUUACCCACAGAAAUAGUUUUGUAUCGUAGUUUUUUGGUGUUGCGGACAGUUGCAACCACCAAAUUACGUAAUACAAAAGACUGAGAAUGACACAAAUACCCACACCCUAAAACAAAAGCAAACCAACAAUAGUUUCUGUAACACCAUAUUCAGUAAUUGCUGGGAAUUGUUUAUGGCUUGAGAAUGUGUGUAAUCCCAAACACUAUAACCAAGUUCUCACGUGAUGCUAGCUUGAUAUGUAAAUCAUUAAUUUGCUCAAGACAGCAGGCUGCCAAAAGGUUGGUUAAAAGCUUUUUUCAGGUUUAAAUGAUUAAAGUCAUUUAGCACCGCAUGUUUGCUAGACGGUGUAGUGCUUAUUCGGUCGCGGCGCUCAUUCUAUUAUUGCGCCCUUUUAAAAAAUAUGGUGAUUCUUGAACUGCGUUCAGCACUUUAAGGAUCAUUUCUUUACGCAAACACAUUUUGACAUGCAUUUCUAAUACAUGUGUAGAGGAAGGCGAUGUGACCUGCAACUGGAUUUACUGCCAUGGAUUUGCACAAGACUUCUAACCCUCAACGAAAGUAAGUCGUCUGUGCCGUUUGAAGUGCUCAUGGAUGCCAGCCAUGGUAUGCUGGAACAUUACAAGGAAAGACUGGCGAGAACAGAGAUUGAAAAAAGGAAGAAGAAGUCAGAAGAAAAACUUAGUAAAACUAAUUUGUUCCUUAGACGGCUUCCAGCAGGGACAACUGAUGUUUAUUUACACAAUUUAUGUAGUGGGUCAGUGAACAUUUUCAUUCUCAUUCAUCCCUCGUCAUCCCAGUCACCCCUUGUCAUCCCGCUCAUCCCUAGUCAUCCCUGUCAUCCCAGUCAUCCGUCAUCAUCCCAGACAUCCCUAGUUAUCGCAGUGGGCCCAGUCAUUCUUAGUCAUCCAAGUCAUUCCUAGUCAUCCCCAGUCAUCCUUAGUCAUCCUUGACAUCACUAUCAUGCCAGUCAUACCUAGUCAUCCCAGUCAUCACUAUCAUGCCACCCAUCCCAGUCAUCCCUAGGCGUUCCAGCCAUCCAUGUCUUGCCAGUCAUCCCAGUCAUUCCUAGUUAUCCAGUCAUACCAGUCAUCCCUAGUCAUCCUUGGUCAUCCCAAUCAUCGCCAGUCGAUUCCAGUGAUCCAAGUCAUUCUUAGUCGUCCUAGUCAUCAUUAAUGUUGGUAAUAAUCUUUCUGAAAAGCUCCCGCCGAGCGAUAUAAAUCCCACUAAGUUUCGUGGAAUCUACGCAGAUGAAGUUCAAGACACGAUCAUGGAACUAAAUCUGAUCAAAUCUUCCAUAGGGGUCCCCCCCAGAUGUAUUAAACUAGCUUGUCCUUUUAAAAGUGAGGCACUUUUAACAAUUUAUAAUCAGUCCUUACAACAAGGAACCGUCCCAGGUAUACUUAAAAUAUCUAAAAAAAAGUUCUAUUGACAAGGGGGCGACGCAACCGACCCGGCGAAUUAUCGUCCGAGUGCAACUCUAUCAGUUCUUUCUCAAGUAUUUGAAAAAUUGAUGUUUAAGCAACUUAGUAACUACAUUGAAAAGCACUAUAUUCUGUUUCGAUACCAAUUAGGAUUUCGUAAAGGUCACUCAAGAUCUCAGGCCAUUACCGAACUCACUGACACUCUAAGGAAGGCCAUUGAUAGCAACCUAUACACCUGUGGUGUUUUUCUAGAUUUCUCGAAGGCAUUCGAUGCUGUAAAUCACGAAAUAUUACUUAGUAUUACUUAUUAGAGGUCUUCCUUUAAAAUGGUUCAGUAGCUACUUAACAAACAGGCAAUAGUACAAUGCACUAGGAGACAGAAUCUCCUAUGCAAACUAUGAGCUGUGGAAUCCCCCAGGGUAGCACACUUGGGCCAUUACUGUUUCUUAUUUAUAUAAAUGACUUACCCAACUACUCCGAUGAGUCAAGUUUCAAACUUUUUGCCAGUGAUACUCGGCGAAUAACCUUAAACCUUAGUCAUCCCUGUCAUCCCAGUCAUCCGUCAUCAUCCCAGACAUCCCUAGUUAUCGCAGUGGGCCCAGUCAUUCUUAGUCAUCCAAGUCAUUCCUAGUCAUCCCCAGUCAUCCUUAGUCAUCCUUGACAUCACUAUCAUCUCAGGCCAUUACCGAACUCACUGACACUCUAAGGAAGGCCAUUGAUAGCAACCUAUACACCUGUGGUGUUUUUCUAGAUUUCUCGAAGGCAUUCGAUGCUGUAAAUCACGAAAUAUUACUUAGUAUUACUUAUUAGAGGUCUUCCUUUAAAAUGGUUCAGUAGCUACUUAACAAACAGGCAAUAGUACAAUGCACUAGGAGACAGAAUCUCCUAUGCAAACUAUGAGCUGUGGAAUCCCCCAGGGUAGCACACUUGGGCCAUUACUGUUUCUUAUUUAUAUAAAUGACUUACCCAACUACUCCGAUGAGUCAAGUUUCAAACUUUUUGCCAGUGAUACUCGGCGAAUAACCUUAAACCUUAGUCAUCCCUGUCAUCCCAGUCAUCCGUUUUGCCAGUGAUACUCGGUACCUCGAUACCUUCUCAAGUUCUUGUGAACUCUGAACUUGAGAAGGUGAAAGAAUGGUGUGAUGUAAAUAAACGGUCAAUAAAUACAGCAAAAACUAACUUUAUGAUAAUUACGUCCACUAAAUAAAAGGAUAUGUCAGUGAAUAUUCAGAUUAGAACAAUGAUGGAACGUACUACUCUCUGGUUCACAAGGACCACAUUAAAUAUUUACGGGUAAUGGCUGAUGAUAGUAUCUCAUGGAAAUACCAUCUCAUAUAUUUGACACGAAUAUAUAAAAAUUAAGGCACUUUUUAUCUGUUAAGCAACUUAAGCAAAUUUACUAAUUUUAAAAUUUAUCCUUACAUCUCAUACGCAAUUUUGGCGUGGAGUAGCACCUAUAGCUCGCACCUAAAGAAAGUGCAGAUUAAGCAAAAUCUUGUGGGUAGAUUAAUAUUCUUUGUAAACACACAUGGUAAAGAUACCGAAAGUGCUUUCCCAUUGCUGAAUUUCCUAGACUUACUCACAGUAUACAGCGUUUAUUCUCUGCAUGCUUUAAAAUUGCCCAUCUCUGGCAUAAAAGUUCGCGACACCUUUCUUUAUGCUGGGGAUGUCCAUAACUAAAACACGAGAUAUGCAAUUAAUCAAAACUUCUAUAAACCACGUGUAAGAACAAAUACUGGCAAGCAGAUGAUUUCAAUCGAUCUUUGGAAAAGCAAUAAUAAACAGUACCACAAUACCUUACAGAAUUGAACGAGUAUGCUUUUUCAAACAAAAAUCAAACAUCAUCUACUGACCGAACAAUACUUGUCGAAACCUAGCACCACCUAAUUCUGCCUAAACUCACUUUCAAACUUGUGAGUAUUUUUUUUUUAAAUAAUAAUUUUUUUAGAUUUUGUUUAAUUGUUAUCAAUUGUUUCUUUUCUUUUCUAUCAUUGUGUUCUUAUUUAUUUAUUUAUUUGUUUAAUUUUGCUCUUUCUGGUUCAUCGCCUGUAUUUAUUUUAAACAUAAUUGGUAUUAUGGUGGCCGACUGGAAAACCUAACGGUUCACUUGGCCAUCGUACUCAAACCUUCAUAUUAAUUCUACAGCAACAUUUUCCUGUAACCUGUAAAGUCUGUAACCUAGCAUUAGUGAAAAUAUUGAGGGAAAUUAACUGAACCUGAACCUGAACCUUGCCAUGACUAUUAUGCCACCCAUCCGAGUGAUCCAUGUCAUGCUAGUCAUCUCAGUCGUUUCAGUCAUACCAGUCAUCCCUGGUCAUCCCAGGCAUUCCUAGUCGAUCCCAGUCAUCCCUAGUCAAUCCCGUUAAUUACAGUCAUCCCUAGUCAUCCCAAGUCAUCCCAGUCAUCCUCAGCCAUCCUGGUCAUCCCUAGGCAUAAAAGUCAUCCAAGGCAUCCCUGGUAAUCCAUAAUCACCCCUGGUCAUUGCUAGUUAUCCCUAGUCAUCCCCGUCAUCUCUAGUUAUCCCAGUCAUCCCUAGUCCUUCUUUUAUCCCUAGUCAUCCCAGGUCAUCCCUGGCCAUCCUUAGUGAUCCGUAGUUAUCCAAAGUCAUCUCAGUCAUCCCCAGUGGAUUCCAGUCAUCCCUAGUCGAUCCCAGUCAUCCCGCUCAUUCCCAGUGAUCUCCGUCAUCCUUGGUUUUCCCCAAACAUCCUUAGUCAUCCCGGUAAUCCCUAGUCAUCUCAGGUCGAUCUUAGUCAUUCAAAGUCAUCUUAGUGAUCCCUCGUCGAUCUUAGUCAUGUCUAGUCAUCCGUCGUCAUCCCGGUAAUGCCUAGUCAUCCCGGGUCGAUCUUAGUCAUUCAAAGUCAUGUUAGUGAUCCCUUGUCGAUCUUAGUCAUGUUUGGUCAUUCCUAGUCAUCUGGUAAUGCCUAGUCAUCUCUAGUGGCACUAGUCAUCCCAAUCAUCCCUAGUCAUCUCUUGUCAUCCCAGUCAUUCCUGGUCAUCCCUAGACAUCCCAGCCAUUCCUGUUUUUCCCGAGUCUUCCAAGUCAUCCCUAGUCAUUCCCAGUCAUCCCAGUCAUCCUAGUCAUCCCAGGUCGAUCUUAGUCAUCCAAAGUCAUCUUACUGAUCCCUAGUCGAUCUUAGUCAUUUCUGGUCAUUCCUAGUCAUCCUGGUAAGCCCUAGUUAUCCCAGGCAUUCCUGGUCUUUCCUAGUUAUCCCGGUGAUCCCUAGUCAUCGCCAGUCAUCCAAGUCAUUCCUAGUUAUCACGGUUAUCCCUCAUCAUCCCAGUCAUCCCAGGUCAUACUUAGUCAUCUCAGUCAUUCCGGUCAUCCCUAGUCAUCCCUAGUCAUCCCGGUCAUUCUCAGUCAUCCCUGGUCAUCCCUAGCCAUCCCAGUCAUCUCUAACAUUUCUAUUCAUCCCGGUCAGCCCUAGUCAUUCCUGGUCAUCCCUUGUCAUCCUUUAAGUCUUCCAAGGUCAUCCCCGGUAGUCCCUCGUCAUCGUUUGUCAUUCCAGUCAUCUCUACUCAUUUUGAUCAUCAUUGGUCAUCCCUAGUUAUCCCAGUCAUCCUUUGUCAUCCUUAGUCAUCCCACUUCAUCCAACUCCUUUCUAUCAUCAUUGGUCAUCCCUAGGCAUCCUAGUCAUGCCUAAUCAUCCCUUGUCAUCCCUAGUUAUACUAGUCAUCCCAAUCAUCCCUAUUCAUCUCUAGUCAUCCCAGUCAUUCCUGGUCAUCCGAGUCUUCCCAGUCAUGCCUAGUCAUCCAACAAUGUGACCAUAGUCAUCCCUACUCAUCCCAGGUAUCUCUUGUCAUAUCAGUCAUCCCUUUUCAUGCUAGUCGUCUCUAGUCAUCCCAUUUAUCCUGAGUCAUUUCAUUCAUGCCGUGUCGUCCUAGUCAGGAUGACUGUGAUGACUAGGAUGCCAAGAGUGACUGGAAUGACCCAAUCCUAUGUCAUUCUAGGUUUCCUUGUCAUCCUUGUCAUUCCAUUCAACUUUGGCAUCCGAGUCAUCCUAGUUAUUAGAUUAUUUUAGUAUUGUGACGUCACAAACAUUUAAAUUUCACAAAAAUGUGAUUGACGGAGAUGUUUAGAAAGAACGAGAUUUAAACUUUCCAUUUCUAAAAAUUUGGCUGGUUAGAGCAAAUUGGUGGUGGGAUUUAAGCAACAUUUCGCUCUGAUGACUGUCUGUAAAUCUUCUAAAAUUGACCUGGAUCGGAAAAGGCACGUUUUAAGCUAAUUUUUGAAGGACCCUGGUGCAUUUUUCAUUUUACUUCUGAUUAUCCCAGCAAAUUCAGUAGUGAUUUAAAUUUAGUUUUAGUUACGUCAUCAUUACUCUACUCUUAUCCUAAUCAUAAGAGGUAUUUCAAUUAUCCCAGUCUUCCUACUCAUCUCAAUUAUCUUAUCAUUCCUGUCAUCUUAGUCAGCCUUGUUAUCCUAGUCAUCCUAGUCAUUUAAAUCUUCGUAGUCAUCCCAGUUAAAACUAGUCUUCUCAAUUAUCAUCAUCAUCCCAUCCAUCCCUGUCAUCCUUGUCAUUCCAGUUAUUCCAGUCAUUUUUGUCAUCCAAGUUGUCUUAGUUAUCCUGUUGAUCCCAGUAAUUCCGUCAUCCAAGUCAUCCUAGUCAUCCCAUUCCUCACAAAGGGGAGGUUUGGCUAAUGUGGAAUAGAGGAGCAACAAAAUAAUCCUUUUUUUGGACACUCUUUCCUCCACAGAUAUGGAAGUAUUGUUUCCACAAAGGCUGUUGUGGAUAAAGAAACAAAUGAAUUUAAAGGUAAUUCAAUGCUUUUCCUUUUUUAACGUCUUGGGCACUUACAUGUAGGUUUACAAUGCGAUAAACGCUGCCCCCGUUUAGUCCAUUUUGGCUUUACAAAUGGGAGGCUGACCUCCAUUAACAAGGCUCACAUCUAAUGCCAGUCCAAUUAAUUAGAGUUGUAAGUAUUUGACUAUGAUCAUCCACACUUUCACACGUCAGCUCGCUCGUAAGGAUCCACUGCGUUUCCACCACUUGUGACGUCAGUACAAAUUGUCACUGACUACUUUUAUAGCCUUUUUAUGAGGGAGGACAAGGUCGGUUUUCUUAUAACCAAAUGCGUGGUAUUCAACCAAAUACUUAUAGAGUGGAAAACUACCCAAACACCGUAUUAAGUCGACCAAUAAACGGGGAUGAAAGAAAAAGAGAGAGAAACAGAAAAGAUUAAUAUCUGACUUUGUGAAAACCAUGAAAUCUUUGAACCCAGUGGUAAUGUUUCACAUUGUUAAGAUAGAUAUCAGUCGUUGUAUCCAAGGUUAAUAAUGGUUUCUUAUUUCUAACAGGCUAUGGGUUUGUGAAUUUUGAGACUGCAGCUGAGGCCCAAAGGGCAGUGAAGGCCUUGAAAAGUAAAGGAAUUCAAGCCCAGAUGGCAAAGGUGUUAGGCCUCUGUAUAUAAGCAAUGUGUCAUCCUCCUUGAACAUUUAAAAUCUUUUCACUUGCUUGUGAAUUUUUCCCAUGGCCCAAACUUAAUAGGGAGCAUAAUACACUAUAUUUGCCCUAGCCCCCCCUCCGUCAACAAAAGUUGUUGUUUUCAUAUGUUCUUGGGGUUUUGCAGUUCUCCCAGGCAUUAUUUGAAAAUAACAGCUAAUGCAAGAUUUUCGGGGGGAGGGGGCGAACAGUGUGUAUUCAAGGGGAUUUGAAAAUAGAAAUGGCGAAAGGCGAAUUACAAAGAUCACCAUCAUUUUUGAUGGUAUUCAUUGCUUUUAUUGUUUACCGUUCGCCUUUUCAUGUAAACGCAAUGCGUAAUCUUUCUAAUGGAUUCUCUUCAUCAUACUGACUCUUUUGUGCUCUUUCAUCAUUGAAUUCAGAACUUACAGUUGUAUUAUCUUUUCUGUCUUUGAAAGCCCAAGCAUGUCUGUAACCCUUAAAUACCGAUUAUUUUGCUGCCUGCGGUAAAGGGUGUGUAGACUCCUGAUUAGCACGCACAUGUAAAUGUAAUAGCAGCUAUCGCUCGAACAAGAAUAAUUUAGUACAAUACGUUGUUAUCAUUUUUCUAUACAUUUUAUAUCGCUGUUACCUUACAGCAUACAUUUGUUUUCUCCUUAGCAACCAGAGAAAGACCCCACAAAUUUAUAUUUUUGUCGCCUUCCAAAGCAUUUCUAUGAAGCAGUAAGUCUGAAUCUUACUUUAUUCUAUGUGUAGUUGUAAUCUUUAAUGGACAAGGUCUCUGUGGAUUACGCAACAAACAUUAUUUUUUCCCUCUCCAAUGAUGAUGUUUAUUUACUGAUCGUUUUAUGAACCUUAAAGUUCGUGUGACCUGAACCCUGUUCUUCUCCAAAGAUUGUCAAAAUUCAGCAUGACAAGCCGUCAUUUUGGAUGUAGAUUACAGCCUCGUCCUCCUGUGCGUGACAUCCUUCUGUCUAAUUUUGCGGAACUUAGUAAAAAGAAAAAGAAAAUGAAGAUUCAUUAGUUGGGACCUAACUACAAACGAAAUUAUCCCUUAUCUACACCAUGGAAAAUUUGGAAAGUUCAUUGAUAGCUUUCUAGAUUCAUCGGGAACUCUUCAGUUAAGUGAACCUUCAAACGAAAAAAGUGAUUGGGGAUCUUGUCUAAGUUGAUGACUUCUUCUUGAUAUUGGUGGAUUACUUGUGUCUCUCUGUUUAUGAGGGUGGUGGGGAGGGAAGCAACCACACUGACAUCGCAAAACAUUUAUUAUGAAUGUAGCAGUUUAUCGGAUCUGCAGCACCUUAGUGUAAGGUUUCCAAAAAGGCCAAUCCUUUCUAUCAGAAAGUGUUAACCAUUCUAGAAAAAAUAAUGAAUUGUUACUGUUUUUGUUCUUAUAAGGAGUUAGAAUCCUUGCUAAAGGGAUAUGGUAAAGUAAUAACGACCAGAGUAUUGAGAGGUGCCUACCGUGUGAGUAAAGGAGUAGCAUUUGCAAGGUAAUGUGUGUUUCUCUACUCUGCUUUAAAUUGGUUCGACUCAUUUCUGUCUGGUCGCAAACAACGUAUACUUGUCGGUGAUAAGACUUCUGACGACUUCAAUCUAAACUAUGGAGUCCCCCAGGGCAGUCGUAUGGGGCCUAUUUUAUUUACUCUCUACGUCUCCCGCCUCUUUAACAUUAUUUCUCAGCACCUCCCUUCCGUCCAUGGUUAUGCUGAUGACACCCAGAUUUACCUCUUCUUCCGACCUUGUUCUAUCCAUUCGGAAAUUAACGCUCUCUUUGUGAUUGAAAAGUGAAUCGCUGAUGUUUGCUCUUGGUUUAUAGGAAAUCGUUUAAUGAUCAAUGACGCGAAAACUGACUCUCUAAUUAUUGGCACCCGUCAACAACUUGAAAAAACAUCUAUAGAAUCUAUUAUCAUUGGUGACACCGUCAUUAAACCUUUAGAAAGCGUCCGGAACCUUGGGUCCUGGUUCGAUGCUCAUAUGCGAAUGAAUGUUCACAUAGGCAAGAUUUUGUAGCAAGGCUUUUCGCGGAGUAUACAACAUAAGACAGAUCAGAAAAUUCCUUACCGUGCAAUCCACAAAGACACUGAUCCAUGCCUUUGUAUCUUCGCACCUUGAUUACUGUAACGCACUUCUAUUUGGUCUACCUAAAUUUCAACUUGAUCAUUUACAGAAAGUUCAGAAGGCCGCGACUAGAGUGACUUUUCAGAUGGCGAAAUUUGAUCAUAUCACACCCGCUCUUAUCGACGUACAUUGGCUUCCAGUAAUGUUUAGAGUUCAGUUUAAAUUGCUCCUUUUUGUUUACAAGUCACUACACAACCAAAGUCCAUCCUACAUUAAAGAUCUUUUAUCCCUGGAACCAGCUGCUAAUUAUGCUCUUCGUUCGUCUGCACAAUCUCUUCUGUCCAUUCCAAAAGCCAACUGCGCUAUACUUGGGGAUCGGGCCUUUGCUCAUGCUGCACCUGUUUUAUGGAACUCGCUGCCAUUAGCUAUAAGAACAAGUAGCAGCCUCGCAAUUUUUAAAAAGCAACUUAAAACAUUUCUUUUUAAGAAAGCUUUUAAUUUGUUGGAAUACUUCUAAUGUUUAAUUUUAAUUUAGUUUGGACUUUUCGAAUUUCAUUUUAGAUUUUACCAUAGCAUAACAUUAUUGUUAUUAUUAUAGCUUUCAGGGAUUUUCAAAUUUCAGUUUUAUUUAUUAUUUGUUCAUUAAUUUUUACUUAAUGUAAAGCGCGUUUGAAUAUUCUUCUAUAGUUUUAGCGCUAUACAAAUUCAUUAUCAUUAUCAUUAUUAGUCUUCAAAAACUCGUAAUUAAAGCUGAACCUCUCGUUAGCGACCAAAAGGGCAACAUCCCAAUAUUUGAUGUUCACUUAAAGGAGGUGGACGCCUGAAAAAAAACCAGGGUAUCUCGUUCAGAGACUUUUCAGAUACUUCUUAACUUAUUCGAAGAUAACAGGCCCUUUACAGCCAAUCAUUCAGGUGGAACAAAACCCCUAUGCUUGAGAGCAAGAGACGCACUGAGAUAAGGCUAAAACUCCUUAAUAUGUUGCCUUAUCCCAGAGACGCCCUUGUGCAGGAAAAAAGAAAAUAGGUUUAAUAAGCAAAACAACAAGUUUGCACGCGCAUCAUGCUUUUUUGUACAUUUCUUUGCCGUUACUGCACGACUACGAAGUGAAAAUGCCUAAUUUCACUUUUUUUAUGGAGGACGUAAGCAAGCGACGACGAAAUUUUCUUUCUCUUUCCAAACUUAAGUGCGGUCCCCAAGAAAUCAACUCCAGGGAAACUUGCCUAAUUUAGACAUUUUCAGUGAAUUGGAUUAAACGCGACAAAGUUUGAAAAAAGGCAAAUUCAUUUUAUAAAAGUGACGUUUUCGCUGCCGUCGCCGUCGUCGAUGCGAAAACUCACUAUUUUGUUUUUUUCUUGUCCAAGGGAGGGCCUCUUGCUCUCCAGCAUGGCAGUUUUGCACCACACGAAUGACUAGCUGCAAAGGGUGUAUUUAUCGAGUUCAAUUUCUAUACCUGCAGUACCAUGUUUUUCUUAAAACCUCCUACGGGAGGCUUCAAAAACGUAGCUAGUUAUAAAGCCGUCACCCCAAAAAGUGCGCGCUGUUGCUUUUGAGAGACCCGCGUUGAUUACCUUAGCUAACUGCGGGUCAUUCAGACUUCUCUGUUGUAUGUCUCUUCGGGCUUUUUUUUUGGACUUGACCGUGCACAACGCCUAAUAGCAGUCCUAUCGUUUUGAACUUGCUGACGCAUAGAAACUUCACAUUAAUUUAUUCAGUCACAAUUUGUGAUCAAAAUCAAAAGAUUGUGCAUGGAGUGGGACCUCCCACCUAGACUGCUUGCAGUCCGCCUUUUCUCUUAAAAUUCGCCUAGUUCUUAUUUCAUCCAGCGCGAUUGCAAACCACGGCGUUAUUAUUACAGUAAGAGAUUGAGACCAGACGAGAAAAGACGGACUGCAGACUCUUUUUUAGUAGACAAACCCUCUGUCAGCCCAGAAACGGAGUAACCGAUUGGUCAAUUGUACAGCUGUUGACAGAUAAUUGACUGGUCUGUGGUAAGAUUGCAAGCAAUAAAAAUAUUCACGCGUCACAACCAACUGCAAAUAGCGAACCAAGCAGUAAUCUCAGUAAUGAAACUUUCAAGGAUGUCUUACACAAGGAAAGUGCUAGUCUAAAUUUCCUCAUAGGAAACGAAUUCAAGGCAAUCUUAUCGGAUUUAAAGAUACUGUUCAGUUGUUUAUGUUCUAUUUAUAAAUCUUUUCAAGUUACUCGGGUUUAAUUGACAAAACAAACGAGUCAGCAGUCUCUUAUUUUUUCUUCUCAGGCUUACGCCCUCGUUUCUCGCGGCUCGUAACCUGAGAUCAGGCCCAAUUUGAGCGGUUCUCAUACAUUCUCUCCUACUGCUACCGCUAAAAUUGGGCCUGAUCCAAACUCAUUCACGUUUGUGCUCGUUACGGCCAGAUUUUGGCCGUAACGCUGAUUGGCUGUUAGAACAAUGCCACAAGAUCUGAUUGGCUGUCGGAAACGCCGGAAGUUGAAAGCGUGGUUGUUUUCGUGAAUGAUCCGUCGUCGGCGGAAAGAAGGAUCGAUUUUGCUGUCUUUUUUAUUGUUUUGUGGUGUUAUGGUAGGAAAAUAUGCCUUAAUAUGUGCCAUGGAAAUUCAUAAAAUUCAUAUGGUUGUUGAUAUAUUCUCACGAUUUGCUUUAUUUACGGAAAGUGAGUGUAUCGCGGAGUUGAAUCCCUCUGCAAGUUGUUUACCGCUAACAAGGUGCCUUUUGAUUUACCAACAAACGGGUGCAAAUCAAAAUACUGUCCAUCUUAAAACUGGUUUCAGUUGAAAGUUUAGCCGGGAAUGACUUCUCUGAACGUGGUACGCAAGCGGAGGCUCACUGCGAAAGAAACCUCAAUCGCCAACUGUGAAGUAUUAGACGAAAAAUAUCGCAUCGCUGUUCAAGGAGUGUUAACAGACUGGUUGUUUGCCUCCGCUUUUUGUAAAAAAUAAACCAGGAAAACUGGUGUCCUCGCUCGUUGGCUGUUUGCUUUUGUUUUUGAAGAUUUAUGUACUGAAAAUCGGGGGAAAUUGCCGAGGAAAAUAUAAAGGCAACGGAAAAAUAGAAAUUUCAGUAUUUUAAAUUCGAGCGCGCCUAGCCAAAAAUAAUAAAACUAGUAGAACAUCGUGUCGCGUCUUUUCCAAAACGUUUUACCUUCUACGCUAACAGAAAUAACCUUCGAGAUCUCCCUUAAUCUCGCAAGAAGUUAAAUGUGAUUGUGCUGACUGUUUUAUUUUUAGCUGAAAAAAUUAACAGAUUAAAGCUAUUUUUUAAGUCAGCCAGUCUGCAUUUUUCCCACGCGUGAAAAAUUUGCAUACUGGAAAAACAAGCAACGGAAGCAAUUUUGGUUGGACGAUUCGGCAAAUGUCAAUCAAAAAAAGUGGGCGGCAGACGUUUCGUAGAAGGUUUGUAUCAGGCUCUCAUUUCGUUUCGCCACGCCCGCCGGACUGUUAUUAGGGACCUUACGCAUCGACAACUAAACGGACGACGACGACGCUUCCCAACCAAGGCAGACUGGGCCAAGGGUUUCGUUUUCGGCGGGGAAAACGAAGUUUAACCAGUGCAGCUUCCCAGACGGACGACGACUUUUUCUUUGCGAAGAACUUUGUCUUUGUUAGGGCAUUCAAAGACCUCCGUAAUUUGCAUUUUAUAAGGUAUGAAGAUGGUUUAAUCGACGAUGGCGAAUUCAUUGUUCUUUAGGACCUGGAUUAUUUGAUUGUGGAGGCUUUCUCUUCGUCGCGCAGCUUUUGUUUUUGUUUUGAAAUGAAGUUAAACCUGUAUACCGAUCUCGAACAGCUCUUGACUUGCAGUUAAGCUAAAUUUCGGCUGCUGAAGAGAAUUCAGUGCUGCUACAACGUUCUCCCAUAUUUGUCCUCUCUCAGGGCUCCUCAUAACCACAUCAUGUUCCAGCUGAGUCCACUGGAAAAUAGUUGCCUUUAAUAGCGGCUAAAAACAACAUGGGAAAUUAUUAAAUCUUAGUACGAAAAAAUGAACAUUUAUCCUAUAGCCCAACCUAGAAUGCAUGAGUAAACAUAGGACCGUAAGGGAACGAACAGCAGCUAAUCUAAAAGGUUCGGAAGAUAGCAGAGGAAAGCUUACUUGUCUGUCCGACUUGUUGUUCCGCCAUCACUCAGGUUUUCAAACAAACCGUGUUUAACAUUUGGAUUCUGCUAAUCCUCAAAGAAUAUAUUUCUACUUGUACUGAAUGACAAGAGGGGGAAAGAGUGAUUUACACGCAAAAAGUAUAGUUUUAUACUUACGUUUUAGCGACGACGGCAAACCUCCCUGAAUUACGUCGUCGACGAAGGCUGGACGACGUUUUGACAACCUUACGCAUGCCUAGAAGGUUCGCGCGGGAAAAUUUCACUUCCGGUCGGCGGCGUCGUCCCAUUUCGUCGUCGAUGCUUAAGGUCCCUAUUUACAAAGCGAAACGAAAAUAGAGCCUGAUCUCAGGUUACGCGGCUCGCGGCUUUGUCUCUCGCGUGCUUAGGUUUCGCGUGCAGUAACUUAAAUUGCAAAGAAAAAUAAGAGACUGCUCGGAGUCUAGCUCCCACCAUAAACCGUAGCACCAUUGAUUUCAUCUCUGACACUUGCCGGUUUUUACAACAAGUCUCCUCUUGUAAGCCUAAACGAUGCUUUCUUUCCAGUGGUGCUGGAAUGUUGUCUUACAGUUAUAAAUCUACUUGUAGAAUGUAUUUAACUCCAGUUGCUAAUUUUCGCUACCUUUUUUUUUCCAAGACAUUUAUUACUCUUUUACUUGUCGCUACCUGAUCAUUUUUCUUAUUAGAAUGGAAAAUAAACAGAUUUGUAAGAAGAUAAUUAAAGACUUGCAUGGAAAAAAGAUUCAAGGUAAGAAAGGUACCGCGUCAACUGUAGCAGUAUUCAUUUAGCGAUUAUUGAAUGAGACCAGAAACUCAUAAGGGGUUGAAACGUGUAACUCGCGUUCAAUGCUCGUGAACAUUCACAUUUUACCAUAUUUGGAAACCUUGGUGACAGAUAUCCAUUUUAAACAAAUGGCUGCCGCGCGAUCACCAUGCAGAUGUUUUAAGACAAGAGUUCUGCAUUUCAGGCUUAAAAAUACACCGUUAAAAGACAAAAAAAUGGAAAGAGAAAGUUCAGCAGAAUACUCAGCUUUCUUUUGGUGGAGGAAGGGAAGCUUUUCAUCAAGAAAUCGUCCUUCGAGGAAUUCAACCUUGUUUUCUUCACGACGGAUCUCUGGUCUGUUUUGAAAUGCAACCAAGGCAGUGAAGUUUUUGCUGAAUUUUCAGGUACAUUUUGCACUCUAUGGCCAAGACAAUUACGUUUUUGAAAGGGAAUUUGUGUACUUUUAAAUGUUUCAUAGACGUUUUAUAAAUUUUUCUCUUCGGCGCUAAAGAAAAGUUACAAAAUGUGCCCCGAUUUGAGAUGGAUUUUGUGUUGAAUUUUGCCAUGUGCUCAACCGAUUUCACUUGCGUGAACGGAUCCACGAUCCAGAUAGUGUUUUCCGAAUUGCUUUAAAGGAUUAACUUUUUGGAUUUUGAAUAAAAAUUUUCAAGAAACGGCUUCUCUGUCUAUUGUUUUGAGUUUGUUCAUUCAUAAAAUUAGCUCAAAACACGAUCGUGACUACAACAUCCAAGCUGAAUUUAAGCUUAAAUGCUUCUCACAUUCAUUACACGCAUCACUUUUUGCGAAGAUGUCAGGUUCAGGUUUUGGACACUUUUCGAUACGCAGCUAAUAAAUCUUAUUCGAAAGUAUUUUUUACUGUUUAUUCUAGACUUUUAAAAUGAGAAUUUUAAAAGCCUAUUUGUAGUAUAAGUUUACUGUGCAGAGGGUCAACGAGGCAUCGUUGUUUGAAGUGACAACUUGAAGAAGUUGUGAGGACGUCAGUGGGUUUCAUAAUGUUAUGUUUGGCCCGGGUGGUGAGGCAAUAAUAUCCUGCUCAGUGUUUCGGUAAGAUUCCUGGUUUCAACCUUUGAAAACUUUCUCUGCUUUCGGGAGUUUUUUCUCCCGUUUGUCGGCCAUUUUUUUCAAGCGGGCGCGGGAAGCUGAAGUAAAAUUACGUCACGUUGUUUACGAAGUUUGAUUGGUCAGUUGUCUCUUCUUCUCGUUCCAAAUAUGGUACUUUCGAAAAUGAAUAAUCACGAGCAUCGGACAAAGCAAACAUAUGAGAGUUACACGUUUCAACCCCUUAUGAGUUUCUGAUGAGACUUGGAAUAAUCUGAACGUCCGAUCUGCAUAAUACUUGAGAUCAGUCUGUCCGUCCGUCUGGUCGUUUUAUCCAGUUCAUCUGUACAUGCGUCCGCUACAUGUGUCCGCGUGUCUGUCCUUUUGUCCUUUUAAUCUAUGACUUUGGUGCAUCUGUCCGUCCAUCCAAUCCGUUUGAUCCGUCCUUCCGGUCUGUUUGGUCUGUCUGUCCCUCCGGUUCGUCCGUCCGUCCGUCCGUCCAUCCAGUCUGUUUGGCCGUCCGCACGGUUCUUCUUUCCAGUUCAUCGGUCCGUUCGUCAGGUUGUCCGUCUGUCCUUGUUUUCCGUCCGUAGAUACAUGUAUAUGCAGUCCGUGUGGUUUCGUCCGGUUGGGCAGUUUGGUCCGUCCCGUUUGUGUGAUUUGUCCGUCUGUUUGUCUGUCCAUCCGUUCGUCCAAGCAUAGGUGAUAGUUAUUUUGUUAAGUGAAGAAGUGAAUUUGGCGCUCAUACUGAUGAGUUAUUUACUAAGCAUUAUUUUGAAUGGUUGACGUGGAAUGAAAAACUGACAGACUUUUUUGCUUACUUUUUGCAGGAAGUGUCGAAUCACUUGUUGUAGAUUUUGCUGAUCUGCGACAGCAAAGUUAUGGUACGAUAAACAGUACUGCGAUUCAACAAUACUUUAUAUACUAAACCUGCGGCUUCUGCUCUUUAAUUAAUAUUUAGUUAAAACUUAAAUACAAUGUACUGGAGCAAUAUUUUUUAUGAACUGGACCCAAUAUUUGUAUCGGGCAUGCACAAAAAGUCCUGAAGGUUUCUCCCAUGUUUUCUGUAGAAUGAACCUGUGUAAAAUAAAGAUUAGCGGGGAUCCCAUCCAUGGAUGGCCACUUGAUACAGGUUGCGUGCAAUUAAAAAAGCUUUACGCCUGUCGAAUUGCUUGUAGCCUGUUGUAAGCAAUAGUUUUCUUUUGACUUUGUCGGUAAGUUUAUUGCCAGUAUCUUUAUGCCAUGGAUGAUGUGGUCAAAAAAGGAUUAGGUGCAAAAGUUUGUAAUCACACUGGGAGAAUACCAAGCACAACAUUACUUAACAGCCAACCAACCAUCUUUUCCUAACUGGAUAUUUUUUUUCUUAACAGACAGUUCUUGGCCAAUUAAUAGGCGAGAGGUGAGUAAGAGUUUUUUUUUUAAAAAAGUAAAACACUUACCAUUAUGAUCAGUCAGAAAUGACCUACCUGACCAGUCCAGUAAUAAAACGAUAUCCACUUUUAAUCAAGUCUUUCCAGCUUGCUCAACCUGUUCCUGAAAAGUACACACAGCAGGGUUAGGGUUAAACUCUCGAAAACAACUGGUACAGCCAGUUAUUGCUGAUUUUUGGUAAGUGACCAAGGAUCAGACUCAGGUUUAGAUCUCCUCUUUCUAAACAAAAGAAGACUGAAUUUUGAUUCAUUCACUUGGGCAACGACAUCUGCAGUUGUUUUCAUCUCCUUUACUAAUACACCCUUGCUUCCCAUUUAUUUAACGUUACAUUGCAAGCUAUGUCCAGCCCUGGCUAUGAAAUCCCGAGUUUCUUCACUUCUUACUUAGUUCCACACGUCUCCGAGGUGUGGAAGUGUGGAAUAGUCUAACAAAGUAAGGAUAUUGUCGCACUUUUCCCCCAGUCAUGAACCUCUUGUCAUUCUUUACUUACUUACACACUUCUCAGAGGUCUGGAAGUGUGGAAUAGUCUGACAAAGUAAGGAUAUUGUCGCACUUUUCCCCCAGUCAUGAACUUCUUGUCAUUCUUUACUUAGUUCCACACUUCUCAGAGGUGUGGAAGUGUGGAACAGUCUGACAAAGUAAGGAUAAUGUCACACUUUUCCCAUAGUCACGAACCGAAAGUAAGGAUAUUGUCGCACUUUUCCCCCAGUCAUGAACUUCUUGUCAUUCUUUACUUAGUUCCACACUUCUCAGAAGUGUAGAAGUGUGGAAUUGUCUGACAAAGUAAGGAUAAUCUCACGACCCUUUGUCAUUCUUCCCUUAGUUCUACACUUCCCAGAGGUGUAGAAGUGUGGAAAACUCUGACGAAGUAAGGAUAAUGUUACACGUUUGCCUCCAGUCACGAACCAUUUGUCAUUCUUUACUUAGUUCCACACUUCUCUGAAGCCUUCUACAGUGUAGAAGUGUGUAAUUGUUUGACAAGUUGACUUUAAUGUCGCACUUUCCCUGAGUCACGAGAAGCUAGUGCGCUUUAUGAGCACUUGGUUUUAUUUCUGCAUCGUUUUUUACAUUUUUCCUUAAGAGCUAUUUUUAUAUUGAAUAGAAGAUAUAACCAUUGUUUCAAUGCCAGCUGUUGAAAGAACUUAAAGUUAAGAAAGCUAAUCUCCAACCAAUCUUUCUUUCUUAUCAGUAUGCUUCAACUUUGAUCAUUGUUAGAUCAAGUCAUACAUCCACUGUUUCGUAGUUUUUCCUCUUCUCUAAGAUUAUGUAGAUGCUGAACAUAAAUCAUGAAAAAGACAGUGUCCUCUGUUCAAUUAUCUUGCAUAUUGUGACCGCCAAGAAAAGGUCUGCUCACAAACUUCUGUGUCAAUCUAUAGGUUAACCUCAAAGAGGUCAGAUGACAACAUCAAAACGUUUGUAUCGCUUCAUGAUACUCUAGGCCGAUAAGUCACAAUUAUUACUUUAUACAGUAUGCUAUAUAUUCUUAGACGAAUGAAUGAUUUUCCAGUAAUCGGAUACCCAUGUUUUGCGCACAGGAUUCUGGGAUCGCCAGGGGGCAAACACUGCGAGUCGCUACAAAGAAAUGUAUGGCGUGGAGUUGUUUCUGCGUUAAAAGCAGUGUCUUUGGACAUAGAAUGCCGCAUUUUGCCGUGAUUUUAUGAGAAACGGAGGUGACCAAUGUUGGUGCGUUGAAAUUUCAAGUUUCUGUGUGAUGAAUGCGAUAAAUUCUAUCGAUAAACACUCCUUGCGUGAGGUUGAGUGUGAGAUUUAUGUUCACUGGAUUUACACAGACAUGAAGAAUUCGAAGAAAAGAUCUCGAAAUAUAUAGUGCAAAUUUAGGUGUACAUGUAGGGGGAUUGGCUCAUUUAAGCGUUUAAGUUAUAAUUACGUGUGGUGAUAUUUACGACGAGCGUAACUACGCUCGGCCGCGAUACCAGCGCUGUGCGGCGCUUUGCGGCUUAUGACAAGACAACGAUCGUGGGUAUGUACGUGGCCAUAAAAAUAAAAAAUCGUCCUUUACUUUGGUAUAAACAAAGUGACAUCUACAAAAUAUUUCAUGGAAAGUACAUGGUAUUUAACCAUUAGUAGAUGAGGCAGAAAUCGUACAAACGAGUAAGAUUUCCGAUACAAAAGCAGUGAGUGUGAAAAUAAAUACCAAGUUGAUAUGCGAAAUUCAGAGAUUCUAUAUCUUCCCUCAAAAUGAUUGGAAAAGGCAUUAGAAUUCAUCGGUUCUCAGGAUCAUGACAAAACAUUUCGCUUGUGUUUUUUUGGCGAGAAGAAAUCAAUAUACUAAUGUGCGGAAGAUGUUUUUGUUUUUAAAUUUAAUACAUAUCAAAUUCGACAAUACGUAAGCUUACCUUCGAUCGUUGUCACAAACCGGCACAGCGUUGUGAUCGCCGCCGAGCGGAGUGUAAUUACACUCGUUCUAAAUAUGAGCACAUGUAAGUACAACUGGAAAGGUUUAAAUGAGUCCGUAUUCCCCGCUCGUUUAUGCCUAAGUUAGUACUACACAUUUCGAGACCAUUCAGUAAAUUCACAGUCGACCUUUCGCAAGAAUCAGUGUUAAUCGAUAGAUUUCAUCGCAUUGAUCCCACAAAAACUUACAAUUUCUUCGCACCAGCAUUAGUCACCUCCGCUUCUCAUAAAAUCACGGCAAAAUGUUGCAUUCUCUGUCCAAAGACACUGCUUUUACCCGAGAAACAGCCCUACGCCAUACAUUUCUUUGUAGCGACUCGCAAUGUUUGCCCCCUGGCGAUCCCAGAAUCCUGUGCGCAAAACAUAGGUAUCCGAUUACUGGAAAAUCAUUCAUUUAGGUCAUGCACCGGAUGAAGGAAUAGAACAAUAACCACUGAUUUGAGCAUUUAUAAACUUUAUCAAGUUGACCUUAAAGCGAGGCUAAGUAGAACACAGAUACUCUGUCUUCUUUACUGCCUAUUUUUAGCAUUGUCACGGUCUUAAGAGACCUAUUCGAUGUUGUACCCAAUUCAAAUCUCCCAGGGUUAAGAUUCUUUGUGUAUUGUAUUCGCAUUAUAAUGUGGCAUUCACAUUUAAAUGAUAUGGAAAUUCCUGAAACAAAACGUGUUAUUCCCAAAGGGUUUGAAUUGGGUACAGCUGAGUUAGCCGAAUAGGUCUAUAUAGGAAGGAGGAAAGCCCAGAAUAAGACGCCUCAAUUAUAUGGCUCAUUAAGAUGAAAAAUUUCAAACAUAAAAAUCCAUAUAUAAGAUGACCUUGUUGAGGUUUCCGUUAAAAAAAAAAAUGUAAAUAAACGAAGAUAAAGGACUGACGGGGACUUCGUGACAGAGAAAACAUAGGUUUGUAUUAUGGUCAUGCAGGUAUCCUUAUUCAAACAGAUGGCAGUGAAACAAGGUUGAUAUCUUCUAGUCACAGAAUUGUUGUCUAAACGUAAAAAUAGCAUUUAACAAUUAAGAUGUAAAAUGAGUUGCAGAAAUAAAUCCAACUAACAGUCCCACUGCGCUUUACUCUCAUUUCAUACACAGGAGUGUAACUAAGGAAAGAAGGUCAAGGGAUUCGUGACUGGGGGAGAAGUGUGAAAAUAUCCUGACUACUUCAUUCAGACUACUUCAUUCUCCCACACCUCUGAGAAGUGUAGAACUAAGUAAAGAAUGACAGAAGUUUCGCGACCAGGGGAAAAGUGUGACAUUGUCCUUACUUUGUCAGACUUUUCCACACUUCCACACCUCUAAGAAGUGUGGAACUAAGUAAAGAAUGACAGAGGUUUCGUGACCAGGGGAAAAGUGUGACAUUAUCCUUACUUGGUCAGACGUUUCCACACUUCCACACCUCUGAGAAGUGUGGAACUAAGAAGAGAAUGACAAAGGGUUCGUGACUACGGGAAAAGCGUGACAGUAUCCUUAAUUUGUCAGACUUUUCUACACUUCCACACCUCUGAGAAGUGUGGAACUAAGUGAAGAAUGACAGAGGUUUCGUGACCAGGGGAAAAGUGUGACAUUAUCCUUACUUUGUCAGACUAUUCCACACUUCUACACCACUGAGAAGUGUAGAACUAAGUAAAGAACGACAGAGGUUUCGUGACCAGGAGAAAAUUGUGACAUUAUCCUGACUUUGUUAGACGUUUCCACACUUCCACACCUCUGAGAAGUGUGCAACCAAGUAAAGAAUGACAGAAGGAUCGUGACUAGGGAAAAAGUGAGACAUUAUCCUGACUUUGUCAGACUAUUCCACACUUCCACACUUUUGAGAAGUAUGGAACUUGGGAUGAGAAAGGAAAGUAGGGUUAGUUCACACUUCCACACCUCAGAGAAGUGUAGAACUAAGGUUGAAAAAGGAAAUUAGGGAUCUUGCGGCCAGCGCUGGACAUUUGUGUUGCAAGCACAGUGGCUAAUUGCAUUUUCCGUCAUAGAGACGACCAUUCUACGGUGAAGACUCCGACGAUGACGAAAGCGGCAACAGAAAUCCGUUCAGGACUGCUGAAGCACACCCAUUUCUUGAAACCGCAUUUAAUCUGGGUAUGAUGGGUUUAGAGAAACUUGGAGAGAAACUGGACGAUCCAAGCCACGACAGGGCCCAGUCUUAUCGCGCUUAUAAUACCCAUGUCUCUCCCGUCAAGAAACACUUGAGUGAAUUUUGCAAGUUUGUACACUUUUACCCAGAUAUAUCUCUAUUCUACUCGUGUGUUCAUUCCACCUUCCCCAAGUCGGUAGUGGUACAGAAAAUUGCAAGUUUCUUUUGGUAAAAUUCUCAAAAAUAAAUAGUACCAUGAAAAAGUACGGCCAUGAAGUGUUAUUUGAAUGGUUACACAAUGUGAUUUCUCCUACAUACUUAAAAGUAAGAGCUAAGUUACAUAUCUCUGCUGUAAGUAGAUACUAGUUUUUACUCUCCAUUAAUAAGUACCCUUUCAAUCCAAGUAGUGUGGUUGUUUCGCUUCAUAUUUAAUAUUGUAGCAUGAAAUCACUGCUACAUCUAACAAAUCAGCCCAAAGCAAGGCACAACUACCUCUCAAACCUUGGGGGAAACAACAAACAUAACUCAUUUUGCAACUGUUUUGUUAGAAAGGCUGUCGACGAAGUCCUUUUUAUUAUUCACGAUCAACAGUGGAGGAAGAAAUUGCGCCAUUUUUUUGGCGUCUUUAGAGGUCCUUUUGGAGGGAGGCAUGGUGUUUGCCUAGGGUUGCGUCGAGAACUAUUUUCCACAAAUGCAGCAAUAUAUAGAUUGGAGGCGCAGUUUUCCUGGAAAUCUAAAUUUUCUCUUUUAAAGUAACAAGCGGAAUUAUGGAGGUUUACCCGUUAAUACAUUUAACGGCCUUUUAACACCAAAAACAGUUAUUCAAUCCCGAAGUUACGAGCGAACAUACCCGGUAGUUGGUGCUUCUCAGGGAUUUUUUUUCCUGAAUAACGUUGCAAACCUUCAAGACUUUGUCCGGAUGAUUCAAGUCCUGUCCACUUUUGUCCCACCUGUGCUUUGCCAAGAACACUUCUUGACAUAGUUCAUGUACUAUUCCGGAAUCGUUUUGCUACUCUUAAAUACGAGAUUUUGUUGGAUUUUAGCCUGUUCGAGACGUUCAGAUAGUAGAGCACGGCGGUAAGUGGGGAGCGAGUUAAUUUUUCUCGCGCGCUCUACUAUCUGAACGUCUGGAACAGGCUAGUUGUAUUUGGAAUUAGUGGUUAAUCCUGGUGAUGCUGUCCCUUUAAUAAAACGGCUCUUCACAACACAACCCUCCUCCGUCUUCAACUUGAUGUAUUUCUUUAAGUCACUUUCGUUUUCCAAGUAACCCUUAAAUUAUGUCUUUUUGAAAGACUUGUAUGUUAUCUGGUGAACAAGAAGUGGUUGACGGAGGCAUUAAUGGUGGCGCCUGGGAACAGAUCUUCAAAAACGGAGGACAGAUCCUUAGGGAGUAUUACUGUCAAUUCAAGCAGAUGUCAAUUGGAACAUGGUAAGUUGUUACCAUAUAUUUGGUCAGCCUUUUACGCGGGAAAACACCCAAGGCUUGUUUAACUAAAUUAUCUGGCUUAUCUCAAACCGAAGCGGAAUGUCGAGUGGAAAUCAAAAGAAAUAUAUGUCCGUGUUGUCAUUCGCGUAAUGCAAUACCGUCGUUAAACGUCUUUUGACACCCUACUGAUGCUCGUUAAUAUUCAACUAUUUUACCUUAAAGAUAGGCACUGAGCCUCGCUCUACAUGCUCUAGGAAAUAAUUUUUUUUACCGUGCAUUAGUUUUUUUUCCUUUUAAUAACUUAUUUCCCUUAAGGUACGGAAAAACGGGUAACAAUAAACGUGCAACUUGUUUUGCAACAUUGCUGCAAAAGAGUUUAAUAGCGAUGUUACCCGUUUAACCAGCCACAUCAAACCUGUCUUGCAACAAAUCAGGUUGUUAACAGGUAUGAACGUGGGUGGUAAAACGCGCAACGUCGCUAUUCAACUCGUUCUGCAGCAAUGUUGCAAGACAAGUUGCACGUCUUUUGUUGUCCGUUUUUCCAUAUAUUUAGACCCGGUUCAGACGACUUACGUCACAAGAGCCGAAUCAAAUUCAAAUUCAGGUCGGCUGAGUUGAUUCAGACGCCGAUCUUUGCUCCAUGCAGCCGAACUUAAUUCAAAAGGAGAAAAGUCAAAAUACUUUAUAAAUAGAUAGACAUCAUUAAAAUUUAUGCCUUUAGUUCAGCUCAUGUGAAAACAACGCUGGUCCACAGACAUUAUUCCCGGCUGAGCUGGGCGCGAAGAGCGGCAGAGCCGAUCUAAAUUCAGUUAGUCAUUUCGAAUUAAUUCAGACGUCAUAUUGACGUACUUUCCAUUGAAUUCGAUCCGGCUUAUGUGAAGUACGGCGUCUAAAUCAGGCCUUUCUCACCUUGUUUUCAGAUCAUUCACAGAGUGCAUCUAAGGAUUCUUGUGACAAAUGCUUCCUUCAAGAGUUUGUUUUGUCCUUGAUCAAUAAUGUCGACAAUCCAUUGUGGUUAUUCGAUGUGCUUCAAGAGGUAUUUAAAAAAAUUUCCUCUCAACAUUUCUUAGUAGCUUUGGAAAUUGGUGUAUAGUCAACUCUUUUAACAGAUACCUUCCACGGCACGAGUGACCUAGAGUUAGUCCCUCCUGUUCUAUAGUCUUUUUAGGGGACACUAAAUGCCGAUGUCCGUCUAAAAAGAGUUGAAUGGAGAAAGUUUAUACAAGGCAGCAUGCACAGAAGGGACUUUGGAAGAAAGGGUAGGGAUGGGGAUGGGAGUUUGGUGAUCCGAACGAUAAACAAGAACUAUCGAUAUUGGCCUCUACUUUGAAACGAGGAAAGACGGAAGUAGUUAAUGUAACUGUGACAGGAAGCAAGAAGCUACCAACGAUUCGUUUCAGGUAAUAAUGAGAUCAAAAGGCGUUGACUGUGUCCGGAAAACCCUAUAAGUAGCAGAGCAAUAGUCUAUAAAAGAACCAGCAGAACUACUGUUUUAUUUAUUUGUUUAUGUAGCCACGCCCACACAACAAAACAUUAAACAAAAGACAACAAAAGAGUUUUGAGUUAAAUUUCAAAUUAGUAUGAUAAGGAAUCCUAACGAAGCUAUGGGGUUACAUUUAUAGGCUCCCUUAAGCUAGAUUACGAAUUACCUGGCUUACUAAAGAGUCUACAGGAACAUAGAAGUUAAGUGUCAGAUCCACGGACUACCAAUGAGAUAAUCAGAGAAUAUUGCUUCUUAAUGAAUAAUUGUUUUAGUAUAUACACGCGUAGUGAUGUCAACAAAAUCAGAAAGGAAACCCGAGCCACGCGAAGGUCUAGCCGUUUGAAGGACAAAGGAAGUACCUUCAUUUCUCAGUUAUUUUAAGACCCUGAAUAUUGGUCCGGCCCCGGGAAUCGAACCCGCGACCUCCCGCUCUGCAGUCAAGCGCUAUACCGACUGAGCUAAACCUGCCGCGGUUAUGGGUUUAGCGUAAUGGCUUUUUUCUGUUAACUCGCCAAGUUUCUUGCCAAAAAUGUUUGUUGUGUCGUUACUUCUCAUGAAGUGCUGACAUGGCGGCUCUCUUGCUCGAGGUAAGGCGUCUUUUCCUGUAGCAUUCUGUCCUAUUUACCCAAAACUUAGAAUUUCUGCAAACAUUUGCUUUCAUUUGUUUGUUAUAAAUAAACUUUGAGUUUUAGGCCAAAUUUUUCUUGUUAGACAACGCUGAGUUCUACGCGAAUAAACAGGAGUUGUUAAGAAUCCAUCGAGCAAAGAAAUUCAGCUGCAGUGAAUGGAAAAACGCCGUUUUGAAUCCUUCGAAGUCUUUUCUUGCCUUAAAAAAGUAAACCGCUAGGAUUUUGUCGUCUUUUAAACGGUCGUUCUCUAAAAAAGGAAUGGGAAAAACAGCGAGUUCACACAUUGUCCACUCGCUAGAAGGUGAAUAUGGUUGAAUAGUCCGAGAUAGUGAACCAGUCAGAUAGCUUAAAUCACCAAGAUCACUGAGUGUCUAUAUACGAAAGUUUUUUAUGCACUACUUCAAUUACAACAAGACGCUACGGAGCGUACACUUCGGCGUCGUGGUUGUGGACUGAUUAAUUGUAAAUGCGGAGGAAUAGUAAGAAAUGAAAUAAGAGUAAGGUGUUAAUUUGUGAAAUUAUGGGAUUUGUCAGGAUAUUCUGGCAUUUCGGGACAAAUUGUCUCUGAGAUAUUAGCCCAGUUAUGCUCCAUACAAAUCCUUCUAAAUUUGACUUGGGUCUAAACCUUUAGACCUAAGUCAAAUAUGAGGUUACUGGCGGUGAAUAACAAGUAUAACAGAACAAACAGUGAAAAAAGAAUUCUCUAUUUUUCUUAGUCACAUCAGUCUUCAAAAACAGCACAGCAGUCUCAUGUACUGAUUAAAGAUAUGUAAGGCAUGGGUAAGGAGUCAAGUACGUUGAGCAUAGAAUUAGCUAAAACUCAAUGUUACGAGUUCGAAUGUUUUGAGGAUAAUUAUUCACUGACUAUUAUAGCACGCAGGGAUGUCGUGUUAGCACAAGGAAGUUUAAUACCAAAGGAAGCCUUUACAGAGCUUUAAAACACAGCAUUCACCAGCACAAACUUGACUUGAACUUGAGUAAAACUAAACAGCCUCUAUCAAUAAUAACAAACUCUCACUUGAACUUCAGAUAUCUUACGGCUUCCGCCAACUUGUAAACACAGAACUUGAAAAUCGACCUUCGUUACACUUGACUGAACACAGCAGUCCAGCUCGUGGGAAAAACUUAGUUCGUCAAAAGAACUCGCUUGGAACUUGUAUACCGUUUGACAUAAGGUUCUAGAAAAUACUAAACAGGCGAAUAGUAGUAAGUAGCUUUUCGACAUAUUUUAUGAUUUCAAUAACUGAUGCAAAUUUGCUGACUCAUGCUGAGAUGUAAACAUGCCCUAAUUAGUUAUUCAUGAAUAAUCCAAAAACGUAGAGAACGUUCGAGAAAGUCAAGCAACGCAUGAAAGCAAUUUUACUACGUAACACUCAACAAAGACAAAAUGUCUUUGUGCAGGAUUUUGUAACUUUAAAUUCAUCAUAAAACAGCUCGAAAGGAGGGCUCACUCGUGAAAUGUUUUUCAACACUCGAAGAGAAUUCAAAAAAAGUCAACUUUGAUACAUUCCUGAGCGUCGCGAAUCCUUUACUUCGCGCUCCGCCGAAGUAACAAGGAUGUAUUGCCCACGAGAACAAAGAGCAGUGGGUAACUUAUACUUCCGUCUAUUAAUGUUAGAAUGUACCAAAAAGCCUUUUAGUUUAUCAUGGUUGCAUGAAGAUUUUUAUGAUCACUCUAGUAAUUAAGUUUAUAAUCUUUUUAUGUGACAUUUUAGAGCUAUUUUUAUUUGUGCAUAAUGAUCAUUAUUAUUUCUAUUCCACUUUAUAUUCCACGUAAGCUUAUUACAUAGUGGCUCUAUGGAUAGCAGUUUUUAAUUUGUACAAAAACUGAAAGAGCUACCCUAUUGAAAUAAAGGUUUCUAUCUAACCUUUUUUUGCUUUUGAAUCUCACUAAUUUGCGGUAAACUACAUUAACAUUGAUGACGUUAGAGUCUUCUGUCUUUAUCUGAAUAAAAUGCCGGGGAUUCUUAACGAGUGAGGUCAUAUGCUAUUUUUAACUGGUUUGACAGGUUUUCUAGUUACUUCUAGGCAUUUGAUUAGUUAAUUAAGAGACGUGUUCAUUGGGUAAUUCACGUUGUCGAAGUAAUAAACUUUCACUUGCCUGUGAAAUGUGGUGGUGGAGGGAAAACAUUAGAAAUGCGGUGGUGGUGGUGGUGAAGGAGGAGGAAAUUGAAAAUAUUUGAGGAGGAGGGAAAUUGUGGAAAAGGAGAAAGGAGGGAGGGGUUAGUAAAAUAUGGCGUUUCGUGUUAGAAAGUAGAUAGUUUGCCUUCGCCCUAAUUAAUAUGCACGAUUUGUGCGCCAAGAAUCAGUGAAUACAUCCUCGGAGACCUAGGGGCAGUCAGCCGGGUCGGGAGAAAAGGUGUUACGAAGGUUUUCAAGCACGAACGGAAAAUAAUAAAGCAUACAAAGCAUUUUUGUGCUCAAUGAGUGGCCAGCAUUCGCUUUGCCGUUUGUAAAUGCUCUGGUAAGAGUCGGUGCUUGAAGACUUUCGUCGCGCGUUUUCUCCCGACCCUACUGACUUUCCCUUGGUCUCCAAGGAUGCAGUGAACGGGAACUGAAACAAUGGGCCACUUGCGAGUUCCCCCGGGCCUCUGUAUCAAAACGAGGUUAAGUGCUCAGCCUUUGAUAUGGGAAUGUUUUUUUCAUUCUCAUGCAAAUAAAACUCAUUUUCAAAUGAAAGGUUGUGCACUUGGCCUCUUUUUGAAAGUUAGGGUUUUGGAACUCGGAAGUGGCCUAUUUGUUUUCUGCUAGAAAACUUCUCAAACCGGUAAAUGCCCUUGUGGCUGACGACGACAAAACUAGGAAACUAGGAACGAAGCUUCGAAGGGUGUGCCGCAGCAGGUUAAAUUAGGGACUAUUUUACGGGUCGAAAACAAGAAAAACGCGGAGAACCAAAGGUGACGGUUAACGGUGAUUUAAUGAACCAAAUACCACCAAAAGACUAAAUAAACAAAGUCGAUGAUGACCGUAAACUGAAAUAAUAGUAUAAAAAUUCUCUAUCAAUUUGGCGACAAGGAGAUUCUUAGACAAACGCGUAAUUAACAAACUAAGCUUAAAAACGGUAAUAAAGCGAUUCUAUGAUGAUUAUGUCGAUAACAUGACGGUAAAAUUUGUAGAUAAACGUAAAUUAGACAAAAAUUCCAUAAAUCUGAUCUGAUCAAAAAACUGGAAAGUAGUAUUUUUUCCUUUCCAGUUUUUUUGUUGUACGUCAUUUCCGUCUCUCCCUUCUAAACUAUUUUUAUUGCGACAUUCUCCAUCUGUAUAACAUUGUGAUUCCUACAUUAGUUCAGUAACAUCCUGAAGAAGGCUGGUAUGGCCAGCCGAAAUAUUGUUGUAAAGAACAAUACACGUUGUUUUAAAUCAGCUUUGCAGUAGUCUUUGGACUUCUCGUUCUUGCCACCUCUCAAUGACGGACGCUGUUAAAACUCGGUCCCUGCGUUACGCCGUAGAAAAGUGUCUGCCUUAUAAAGAGUCAACAUAAUACUACACUGUAAUAUCAUAUAUAAAGGAUGUUUAUAAUUCCGAGGUUAUUAUUUUUGAGGAGGCCGAGAAACGAGAGUAUAGAACCAGCAGUUCUUAAUUGUGACCGCUGAAAUGGAACAGUAGGCUAUUAUUCAUAAUACUAACCUCCUGUUCCACUUGUUCGCAACAAUGGAAAGUUGCAUUAAUACUGAUUAAAAAAUGAUCCUCCUUCAGCUGGGAGACCAACUGUGCACCGCCAUCCCUGGCAGCGGUCUUACAACAGCGCAGGAAAGACAAAACUUCCAGAUCAAAAGCGCUUGCCAGAGCAAUCUUCAUGUAAACCUUCUGCAGCAAAAGUAAGUCAUCUGUCUUAAAUCGCUCAAAGAAUCGAUCGCGACUUGGAACGUCUGUUAUUUCCCUCCGCUCCUUUAGUGCCUGCCCACACCUUUACUUUCCACCUCUCUUUAGUCGCAUUUCCAGUUUUUGCCUUCCCUUCGUCUCCCUCACCUCUUAACUAGCUGGACCUUGGGAACUUUGGUAUUUAAACUGAAAUUGUAUGCGUUUAGUGCCUUUUAUUUUCCCUGGAAAAUGACUGUUUCGUUCAACACUGAACAAUUAGAGUGCAGUUUUUUUUUUCGUUUUUCCGCGUCUAGUCUGCCUUGAUUGCCGCCAGUUAGCGUUAGUGGAGAUGGACGAUGAUUACCACUAAAAGUACAUUUUUUUCUUGACUAUUUUAGGGACUUGGACGCGUUCUCUAAACUUCUUCUGGGCCCGGGAAUGUCUGACUUGGUCUCAAAAGUCACUUGUACACGCGACAGACGCAAACUUGAGCCAUCAGAAAUCGUUAACGAGUUCCGUUGCGGCAUAAUUGCGAACACUGAGCUACAGGAAGUGCUGAAAGCUGCCAAAAGAUCCUUUAGUAUCUCAGACUCCAGCGGAGCCAUGUUUAAGAACUUGACAGAUGAGAUGGCGAAUAAGCAUCCAAUCCUUGAGGAGAUGCUGGAGCGAGUGUUAAAGGACGACUGGACUGGACUGGAUGAAGUGUGGACGAUAGUAAAACAUAGACGUAAAAAGAAAUUCUGGCAAUGGAACUAGAGAAGGAAAAGGUCUCAGCCUUAGGGAAUUGAAAAAAAAGAAAAUGUUACCCUAGUUUCUGGGGAGUUCGAUUAGAUAAUCAGUUGUUGCUUGAAAAAGAAGAGUACUCUGAGUACGAAGAGUGUGAAAACUUUAUGGUGGAAGGUAGGAAGACCAAGACCAGUCAGAGAGUUGACUAGUACAGAACCCUACUGUUAGAUACAUAUAAUAGCUUUGUUCUAAAAAAAUUCUUUAAACAGUACAUUCGCCUAGCAACUUUCAGCAUUGAAAGUGUUGAAGUGAGCGAUCAUCUAAAAUCUCCACUGAAACAGAGUGCAUAAAAUGAGGGAGGCAGGUUGUGUGCAUUAGGGUGGAUUUUCACUGCUGCGUUAAUUUUUACGUGAGUACGCACGUAAACUUUACGCGCGUACAUAAAAUAGAGGCAAUGUAUCGAAGGUCACGCGUAAACGUAAAAGUUGGACCUCGCUCAUUUUUUACCUUUGCGCGUGGCCUUUCAUACAUUGCCCGCUCUAUUUUAUUUAAGCGCGUAAAAUUUACGUGCGUACCCACUUAAAAGUUACGCGACAGUGGAAAUCCACCUUUUGGGAAAAUGCUGUGAGCACCAAAACUACACUAGACGUAUUAAAAAAAUACAAGGGCUUUAUAAGAAAACAAAAGCUAACUCCUGGAUGACCAAAAUGCCCUUGUAGUGCUCCGAAUUUCCGCCGUUUAUGACGGAGAUAUAUUUGUAAAGGGUAUAUUUGCAAGUACUGUCAUGAAAACUGAUGUUUAAUUUCAUUAAUUACUUCAAUGGUGUUCACUAGGUUUCCUUAGACUUUCAGGUUUUUAAAAUAUAUUGUACUGUUCUUCGGGUUAUGGGUUAAGGCAUCCUGAUUGUACUCAUCCACUCAAAGUCUUUCAUUAUAGGAAGGUUAUUGAUUGUGAAUGAUGCGCGCGGUGUGAGGUAAUGUUGAAUUAUUCGCAUUAUUGAGGAAAAUUUGUUAGUCUUGAGAUUGUCCGAGAUAUGGCAGAAGCUGUAGUCUGGGCACAGGUAACCCAGGCUCUGUGAUAGUACCACAGUACGGUUCCAGUAAAAUUACAGUGUUUGUAUGGGG